CGUUUCAUUGGUUACAAUUUUCCACACCCAUUUAAACACUAGUGAUAGGUCCAAUUGCGCAAUUCGUACUAUGGAAUAAAAUUUUGUUCCCGUUGCCAAAUUGUAUCGAGGUGAAUCACGUGUCUUUUGUUUACAAUAAAUAUUGUAAGGAAUCUCAAUUAGAAAAAAUGGCACAGUUUCCUGCAUCUCUAGGAAUUUCUAGACCAACUCCAACAACAUGUGUUACUCAAGUGGAACUAUUUGUGAGUUGUCGCUGUUUGAUUGACAGAGAUGCAACGUCGAAAUCUGACCCAACAGUUGUGCUUUAUUUAAAUGUUGGAGGACGUUUUACUGAAGUGGGAAGGACAGAAAUCAUAAAAAAUAACCACAAUCCAGAUUUUUGUAGAUCAAUCAAAAUAGAUUAUUUUUUUGAAGAAGUUCAAAAAUUGAAAUUUGUUGUAUAUGAUAUUGAUAAUGAUACUAAAACUCUUGCCGAUGAUGAUUUUCUGAGUGUUCUGGAAUGUACUUUAGGAGAGAUUGUUUCUUCGUCUCCCUGUACAAGACAAUUGUUAUCAAAAUCAGGUCAUAAACAAAAGAGCAAAAUAAUUAUCAGAGCACAAGAAAUUGGAAAAGGAGGAAAUGAUCUUCUUUUACUUGCUUUUCAUGCUAAAAAGCUUGAUAAUAAGGAAUUUUUCAGUAAAUCUGAUCCAUUUUUGGAAUUUCGUAAGCAAGAAAGUGAUGGUAAUUGGACAGUUGUGCAUCGAACAGAGAUCAGAGCACAAGAAAUUGGAAAAGGAGGAAAUGAUCUUCUUUUACUUGCUUUUCAUGCUAAAAAGCUUGAUAAUAAGGAAUUUUUCAGUAAAUCUGAUCCAUUUUUGGAAUUUCGUAAGCAAGAAAGUGAUGGUAAUUGGACAGUUGUGCAUCGAACAGAGGUUAUAAAAAAUAAUUUGAAUCCUAUAUGGAGACCUUUUACAAUAAAAAUGCAAAACCUUGGAGGAAAUAACCCAGAAACAGGAAUUUUAAUAUAUUGUUAUGAUUAUGAAAGUGAUGGAGAGCAUGCUAUAAUUGGUCAAUGUAGCACAUCUUUGGCUCAAAUAUUGGAAGCACAACAUCAUCAGCUAGAAUGGCCUUGUAUCAAUAAAAAGAAACAGAGAGACAAAGGAUCCUCUUACAAAAAUUCUGGAAUAAUAUAUUUAUCAUCUUGUAAGGUAAUUAAAAAUUAUACCUUUCUGGAUUAUAUAUUUGGUGGAACUCAAAUUAAUUUUACAGUCGCAAUUGAUUUCACAGGAUCAAAUGGAAAUCCUGCAGAACCUAAUUCCCUUCAUUAUAUAAGCAAUAAUCCAAAUGAUUAUAUGAAAGCUAUAUGGGCUGUUGGAAAUGUAAUUCAAGAUUAUGAUAGUGAUAAAAUGUUUCCUGCUCUGGGUUUUGGAGCAAGAAUACCUCCAUCAUGGGAAGUAUCCCAUGAAUUUGCUAUUAACUUUAACAACAGCAAUCCAUUCUGUACUGAUAAUAACCUGGUUAAUAGACUAGAAUGGCCUUGUAUCAAUAAAAAGAAACAGAGAGACAAAGGAUCCUCUUACAAAAAUUCUGGAAUAAUAUAUUUAUCAUCUUGUAAGGUAAUUAAAAAUUAUACCUUUCUGGAUUAUAUAUUUGGUGGAACUCAAAUUAAUUUUACACACUAUUUCAUUCUUUUGAUAUUGACUGAUGGAGUAGUAUCAGAUAUGAAUGAAACCAGAAAAGCUAUUGUACAAGCAUCUAGGCUUCCAAUGUCAAUAAUUAUUGUUGGAGUUGGUCGAGCUGAUUUUAGUGCUAUGGACUUCCUUGAUGGAGAUAAUGGUAGGCUUUAUGCUCCUGAUGGUAGUUAUGCAGAAAGAGAUGUUGUCCAAUUUGUUCCAUUUUAUAAAUAUGAAAUGUCUCCUUUAUUGUUGGCCAAAGAAGUUUUAGCCGAGCUCCCACAACAAGUUGUGCAAUAUUUUAUGUCUAAAAAUAUUCCUCCAAAUGUACCACGUCAUACACCUAACUAAACAUAUAACCUGUGCUUAAGUUUUAAAAAUUGUUGCUAAACUUAAAAUAUACAAUAUUUGCUAAAUGUAUUUUAAAUAUAAAAGAAUAAUUGUUAUAUAAAGUAAAUUUUAUAACAU